GUAGAGACCCGGAGCAGGAAGUGUACGUUCAUCGGUCCCAUGUGUUUCUGUUCACUCGUUCAUUCAUUGUUGAAACGAGAACUUUAGCAACAAUACAUGCUGUAGUGUUUCUACGGCACACGGACAUCAUUGUGUUUUUAAGAUACGAUAAAUUGUAAUCACCAAAGACGAAACCGGUGGCGUCGCUGUAAGCAAACAGCAACGCUAGCUAGCUAACGUAGAAUUCGCGCUAAAGUUGCUUGCAAAAUCACAGGAAGUCUACUGCGAUACCUGAAUGAAAAGUGCAGUAGACACCAGCAUGAUCAAGGAAAACCGAUGGAACAUACCCCCCAAUGCCCCAGCGUGCAUGGAGAAGCAUCUGUGCUCGGCGCAAUACAGAGCAGAUGGCACCCUGCUGCUUGGUGCCUCUAGCCUCACUGGCAGGAGCUGGCAGGGAUCAGUGUGGAUCUACAGUGACCCUGAGCAAGCCCCCAAUGAGGGUUUCUGCAAAGCUGGUGUGCAGACUGAGGCUAGUGUCACAGAUGUGAAAUGGGUGUCAGAAAAGGGUGUUGUUGUUGCAUCAGACUCAGGUGCCUUGGAGCUCUGGGAACUGGCGGAGGAUGAACGCCUGCUUGUGAAUUGCUUCACCAAACAUGAGCAUGACCACAUUGUCACUACAGUGAGCCCCAUAACUGGAGCAAGCAGUGCCGUCACUGGCAGCAUGGACUGCAGAAUUAAAGUAUGGGAUCUCAGUCAGGAGACAGUUGUCACUACCUACAAUGUGCACACACAGCCGGUCAGAUGUGUUGCCUGCAGUCCCACAGACGAAUCUCUCUUCAUCUCCUGUGGUCAAGAUGGCCGUGUGCUGAUGUGGGACAGGAGGAAGCCAAACAAACCAGCAUCAAGAAUAGAUAUAGAGGCCCCCAGCUGCUCACCUACCACUGUAGCGUGGCACCCCCACCACAGAAGCACCAUUGCUUUCGGUGAUGAGCUCGGCAGAGUGACAGUGAAAGAUUUCCUGGGAACAGAACCGGCCCGGGUUGAGAACGUCCACAGCCGCAGAGUUAAUGGGCUCGCUUUCUCCACACAUAGUGCCCCCUUGCUAGCGGCUGUCAGCGAUGACUGCUCCCUUGCUGUUAUGGACUCUGAACUGCAAGAAAUACUGAGAGAUCGGCGACACCAGGACUUUGUCAAAGGUGUAUCCUGGCUCCACGGGGGCUCUAACACCCUGACAACCGUAGGCUGGGAUCAUCUUGUACUUCACCACACGGUGGGUUCAGCUGCUGGAGCUCCAAACUCCUCCUCUUAGAUUCAACAGAUGGUCACACGCCUUGGAAGAGCAAGAUUUCAUCUUACUAAGUUUGCCCCUUAUUUUUGAGGGGUGAAUCUAAAGAAGUUAAAUGUAAUAUGUGAGUGAGGAGAUAUGGAUUGAGGUGUUUCAUUGUCAUUCAGUACUCAAGAUAUGUGCACAAUAUUUGGGCAUUUGCUCUCCUCUCCUGGCCUUGGUGCAUUGUGUUGCUCUACUCCCGCUCCACUUCUUUCACACUGUAUAGCAUUUCCAUUAAUGUAUAAUUACAUUUGAGGCAACCCAUUUGUAUUGCAUAAUUUUACAUUAAAGGUAACUUAAUAGCAAGA